CCAGCAGAUAUGUGGUCAUUUGCUUGCAUUUGUUUUAAGUUGGCCACUGGCGAUGUUCUCUUUGAUCCACAGAGUGGUGGCAACUAUGAAAGGGAUGAGGAUCAUUUCGCAUUGAUGAUGGAGCUUCUUGGAGUGAUGUCUCGCAAGAUUGCAUUAGGUGGCUGCUAUUCAAGGGACUACUUCAACAGAUAUGGCGAGUUGAGGCAUAUUCGUCAAUUGCGCUUUUGGCCUCUUAAUAAGGUGUUUACUGAGAAGUAUGAUUUCAGCAAGCAAGAUGCUAAUGACUUGGCUGACUUUCUUGUUCCUUUAUUGAAUUUUGUACCUGAAAAGAGACUAAGAGCAGCACAAUGUCUCAGCCAUCCGUGGUUGAGUUAUGUCUCAAGAAUUCUUGAAUCUUCUGUAUCAACCCAUCAAAAUCAGCCCAAAGAUCAGGAGCUUCAACUAAAAGAAGCAAGAAGGACGAGAGAGAGAAGCUAUGGAGAUUGUAAUGGGAAACAUAACUAUUGA